AUGACAAUCAAUAAUAUCCAAAAUAACAAUUAUAAUCAUAAUAAAAUAUAAUAACCAAUUAUAAACAAUCUUAAUGAUGAAAUUAUUAGUUAUGAUUUAGGUUAUAAUCAAACAUAAUUACUUUAACUAAUUCAAUCCAUUUUUGAGUAAAAUGAAAUAUAAAAUUAAUAAUAAUCCAAAGAUUUUGAAAAUCAAAGUUUUUCUUUAGAUUUAAGCUUUGAAGAUUAUAAAUCUUUUAGCGAGUUCCCAAGUCUAUAUGAAUAUGAAGAAAUAGAAUAUAACCAAAAAGCUGAAGAUGAUGAAGAAAAGUUCUAUAUUUGUAGUAAAGAUAGUCUUUAUGAAAUAAAUAACUAAUCUUUUGAUGAAUUAAAAUACUAAUUAAUUCAUAUAGAAAAUGAUAUUAUUACUCAAAGAAAAGAUGAACUUUUAAACAAAGAAAAUAAAGAAUAAAUAAAUAGUAACAAAUAAUCCGUAAAUUUAAUUUGA